GACAGUUGGUGAUAACUAAAGCUUGUUCUGAAAAGAUAUUUUCAAGACACAAUCCCAGUUUGAGUUACAUGGCAACGAAGACAACCACUGCCAUGGACCAAACAAGCAGUCCAUGGGAAGAGGACAGUCCUCCGACGACAGUGGACGCAAUUCGCCCCGUCAUGGAUUCUUUCUUCAGAUGGAUUGAACCCAGGCAGUGGGCACGUUUGCUCUCAGGAAACCCUGAUGACGAAACCAGGUUCAUGCUGGCGGAGCUGCUAACGGACAUUAUGGCACUCUUUACUAAAUCAACGCUGGCAGAGGUCUCAAGGAGAGGAGUCAACCCUUGGGAAGACCUGUUGUCCAGUUUGGAAGACGCACUACCUCGAGCUUUGUCUCAAGCUCUGGAUGUUCCACACGAGGUCUGCCGGGAGACCUCCAACUCUUUAAGGAGCAUCAUGUACAGAGAAAUAGGAGCAAUGUGCGUCAACUCCAUUUACUACAGCAUUUACCCUGUGACUCCAUAUAGACGAUACACUACUGGUAUCCUAACAUUGGAUGAAAUGGUUGCUUGCACCAUUAAAAUCCUACAAAAGUCCACUGAGAAGAAGAAACAACCACUGCAGCUGGAACUCAGCCUGGACCAAGACGCAAGACACACUGAAGAAGACCAAGAAGAGUCUAACAAAAGUGAUGUCCUAGACACUUCAGAAGAUAAACCUGCUCCAGCGUCACCUCCUGCACCAGAACAGACGCCUAACGUUACAGAGGUCACCCCUGUGGACGUCUUUGUGCCUCUAGACACAACGCUGGAAGAAACAUUUGUAAGCAGCAUAGCAGAGAACCUGAUUUCCCGGGCCCUUACAAAGUCCAAGAGGACCUGUGAUGCAGAAACCCUAGACACCAUGCACCAGAGGCUUUUCAACAAACUCUGGGCUGAAGUCGAGAGACAAGGUUAUAACAUUAACAUGGAGAAGCUGAAGAACGUGGACAAGGCCAUUCUCAAAGACAUCUGCAAAAGGCUGCACGGUCCCAAAUCAGCUAUGUGGGUUCCCAUGAUUUAUCGAUGUCCACAAAUGGAAGACAUCAUUGCGACGUCUUUUAAAAAGCAACUGAAGAGAAAAUCGGAGGAACGUGGCAUCAUCACAGUGUUUGCAGCAAUAGGGAGAACUUUCAUCAACCCUACAGUCGGCCCCACAGUACCAGUGUUUUAAAGCUGAAUAUUAUCAUCAUUGACGAUUCCAUCAGAGAGCUCAAGCAGGAGGUUACCUACUAGUGAGGAUACCUUCCCCUCUGCUGACUGCUGCGAGACAGAGAGCAGUGGAGGGGUUGGUUACUUACGCCUGGGGACACCUUCUCCUCCACUAGUUGCUGCGAGUCAGAGAUCAGUGGAGGAGGGGGUUUACGUCGAUGUGGGGACACUUCCUGUUCCUGCCUGUUUGUGGGAUUACCCUUACCUCUGCUGGAAUCCGCUAGAUGGAGACCAGUGGAGCAGGGGGACGCCUACGAAUGCGUCGGGACUAAAGCUCGUAUCGUCAUUUCGAUGGACACCGGUACGUCCUGACAGCUAGAGGGCGAGGGAUCGAUUCCCCGACUUCCUUGAGGCAUCUGUGCUGCUGCUGAUGCUGUUGCUGCUGUUGCUGCUUACUUCUCUUCAUCUGCUUCUUGUUACUGCAUU